AUGACUGGAACCGGAGCUCCAUCUGGAGGAUCUAGCACUGGGUACGCAGGAGCACCGCCGCACCGAUCGUACGAGGAGCGCGCAGCCGCCCGCGAGCAAAUGAUGAGCAACAUUAGGGAGACGUCUCAGCAGGACCGCCGCGUCUACGUCGGCAACCUUUCUUACGAUGUGAAGUGGCACCAUCUCAAGGACUUCAUGCGACAGGGUUAG